AGUUGCUUACGUUCGGUUCGUUCGCAUUUCUUCUCUAUCUUAUAUAAUAUUAUAUUUUCUCCUAAAUCAAUUUUUUCACUACCAACAACAACAACAAUAAUAACAACUCAACUAUUCUCAACUCGCGUCAACCUUAACUUAACUUUCUCAACCAAAAAAAACUACAACUCUACCACUAAAAUUCUGUCAACUUUCCGUUUUGUUAAACUGAAACUCAAAACAAAACAUUUAAUUUCGACUCGACCAUCGAACAAGUUUUGUUUCCAAAAAAAAAAACCGACGAGAAAAUCGGCAGCCAAAAAUAAAGAAAGGAUACCCCAAAAAUAUAUAUAAAGAACCCCCCGUUAUGUUUUGAGUCCAAAAUUUCGUGUUAAAAACAAACGUAAACGUAAACGCAAAUGUAAAAAUCGAUAAGCCACACGCAGCCAGCCAACUGAACGCGAACGUGUCCGUGUGUGUUCCGUGGAGCUUUGGGGAGAAAACGGGGGGAACUGACCAAAAAUCGGUGGCCCUGGCCAAAAACGCAAAAACUCCGGCCCAAAAAAAGAAAGAAAGAAGCGAGAGAGAGACGAAACUCCAGCCCAAAUGACGGAUACGGGUCUGACAACGAAUCAAGCGCCGAAAUGUGUGAAGUGGCUGUGAAACCCGAGGAAUCCUAACUGAAAAACCAAUUUACAAUAACAUGCAAAUUAUUAAGAAUAUUUAACCGACACACAAACACACUCACACAAACAAACGGAGGGAGAUCUGGGAUAGCAGAAAUGCCAGGCCUGCGAAAUCCCAACAAGCUGUACGACUAAAACUUUAAGAGAUCUUUCGGCGAGCCAAACUCUAUAUACAAUAUAUAUAUUUUCACAUGCGAGAUAACAACAGCAACGUUUCCUUUCCGCUUUUGCCACAAAUUAUACCCCCUGAGACGGUCUUUGCUCGCUCGAAACUCGACUCUAGCUUCAGCACUUAGCCCUCUAAGAUCUUACUGGAUCCCCAGCUCCUAGCCAAACAAAAACUCUAACCUCAACUAAAAACCCAGAAAAUGCCGCGCUGCCUGAUAGCCAAAAAGUGGAAGGCGUAUCCCUGGCUGGAUCGCACGGAGGAUAAUAACAACCAGCAGCAGCAGCAGCAGCAGUGCAACACCACCUCCUCGAGAGAACUGGAGGAACUGCAUCACAAGUCCAGACGCUCCACCUUGGAUGAGGACGAGGAGAUCGAUGUGGUGGGCGACAAGUUCCUGAUCAAGUUGGAAAAGCAACGCACAACAGCAGCAGAUGCAGCAGCAGCAGCCGCCGCAGCAGCAGCAGCAACUUCUAUCGAAGCAGCAACAUCGCACAGUAGCAGCAACAUCGAGCCAACGACGACGUCCAAGUGCUGGGGCCCCAGUUCACCCACGGCGGGCACCACGGCUCCCAGUCCGCCGCCCCACUCCCCGGAGGCGGCAACCCGAGUGGCCGGCAAUGUUUACAACGGCUACACCCGCGAACUGUCGCCGCUGCACUACACCGCGUACCUGCCCCGCAUGGAGAGCGGGAUAACCGUAAUCCGUGCGGCGGCCACAGCUCUGGUGGCAGCCGCGUCCGCCUCCUCCGGAACCGGAAAUGGGAAUGGAAAUGGAGAUCAGCACCUGGCCGCCUACCAAACGCCGCCCUCGUCCACCACUUCGUCACCCUCCUGUUCGCCCAGUGACGCCGGCGAUCGCUACAGUCCGCUCUCCAGCGGUCAAACCUCCAGCGAAAGGAAGUGCUUCAGUAGCACGGGUGCCACACUAUCCCUGCCGCCAAAGAAGAAGGACAUCUACAGGCCGUACUCCUUGGAUGACAAGCCGGCGCAUGGCUAUCGGCGAAGGAUUCCGGCGGAGGAGGACCUGCAUGCAGCCCAUGCCAUCCUAGAUUUGAGUGCCAGCACAGCCUUCCACCCGCCCACUCAGCCUCACCAACUGCAGCAGCAGCAGCAACAACAGCAGCAACAUCAGCACUCCCAGCAGCAACACCUUGCCCCGCAGCAACAUCAUUAUUUGCCACUGCAGCAGCAACAGCCGCAGCAGCAGCAGCAGCAGGCACACCACACCCACUUGCCAACUCUCGAGGCGCAUGCGCAUCUGCGCAGCACAUCAUCGAUUGCCGAACUGGCUGCAGCGGCCAGCGUGGUAAAUGAGCAACGCCCCGCCAGCAAUGCCUCGAGCUCCAGCAGCAAUCACAUGCCCAGCAGUCCCAGCAGCAACUCGAGCAGCAGCAGCAGUCAGGUGCAGAACGAGAACAGCAACACGACGAACACGAAUCAGGAUGGGGAGUGUGCGAUGGAUGGGGAAAAUGGUGGCGCCUCUGGAGCGUCGGCAAAAACGGUAGCCUACACCUACGAGGCCUUCUUCGUCAGCGAUGGUCGCUCGAAGCGGAAGCAUGUGGCAGAUCCUGCAGCUGCAGUGCCCACUCCCGAUCAGCAAAAGACCAAGUACACCUGCUCCGAGUGCGGCAAGCAAUAUGCCACAUCUAGUAAUCUCUCGCGCCACAAGCAAACCCAUCGCUCACUGGACUCGCAAUCGGCCAAGAAGUGCCACACCUGUGGCAAGGCCUAUGUGUCCAUGCCCGCCUUGGCCAUGCAUGUCCUCACCCACAAGUUAUCACACAGUUGUGGCGUCUGCGGCAAACUCUUCUCGAGACCCUGGCUGCUCCAGGGUCACCUGAGAUCCCACACUGGCGAGAAACCCUACGGAUGUGCGCACUGCGGCAAGGCCUUUGCCGAUCGUUCCAAUCUUCGAGCUCACAUGCAAACCCAUUCGGUGGACAAGAACUUCGAGUGCAAGCGGUGUCACAAAACCUUCGCCUUGAAGUCAUACCUCAACAAGCAUUUGGAAUCGGCCUGCCUGAAGGACGAGGAGGAGCUGAUGAUGUCCAUGUCGCUGUCGAUGCACGACAGCAACAGUGAGAGUGGGGCAAGUAUGGCCUCAUCUCCGCCCCACGAAUUCCUCGAGCGCGUAAAAAUCGAGGGCAGUGCAGGAGCCACUUACGCCAUGUAAGCAUGUAACAUAAAUAAGGGUGCAAUGGGAAUCUCUAGAGUUCUAAAACCACUAUAUGAUCCGGCCUGAAGAACCAAAAUGAGGUUCGGAGCGAUUAGAGAUCUCUAUUGCAUCCUGGAUACGAAAAAAAAAGAGGAUGGAUGUGCUGUAACUGCAUAGCUGGUUAGUUAAUUUACCGUUAAUGUUAAAGUUACCGUUACCAUUUACAACUAGGUUAACCGAUAGCCGUUUUUAUAGAAGAUACAUACAUCACAAUACGUCCAAGAGCAAAGUGUAGUAGAGUAACACAGAGACUGUAGAAAUUCGCAUUAGGCAGCCAAGCAACAAAAUACUCAAUGGGGGUUGUCCCGAAAUCUCUUUGGCGGCUUCAAGUCUUCUCUUUUUUAAGGUGCCUCCAAAAGUAUGUAAAGGAAACUUCUAAGUUGAUUGAGAGAUAUCGGGAAAACCCCCGUGUUAACCAACUCAAAAUGGUUCUUCUUUUAACUUAAGUGAGUUGAACAUUCCUAAAACCCAACACACAUUCCACGAAAAAUAACACACCCCAAAAACACACACAGAGAGCCUUGUGUAUGAGGUGGUAAAGCCACAUGCAUUCCGAGAACCUGAAGAAAUCUAAGCAAUUCUAGCAGCUAUCUUAUAUCUAUCUAACUACUUACCAAACGAAAACAAAAACAAAAACACACACAUAAGAGUACUAUAUUUAAAUGCAUAUAUAGAGUGUACUAUAACCUGUAGCGAAACCAAACGAACGUUUUAAUCUACCACUCUCUCCAACUAACUCUCGAAGAACACUCUCCUCUAGCUAACUCUAAACUCUUACUCGAACAAUAUCUCUCUACUCUAUCUCUAUCUCUUUAAUCGACAACGUUGACGACGACGACGAAGUGAUUAAAAUUAAUGCAACGAAUACAAAAGCAAAUGCAAUGUUUCUCAAACAACGAAUUAGGACUUAAGGGCAGCCUAUCUAUAAGCAGUAAUUACGAGUGCUAGCCACUAAGCAAUUUUAAAGUAAGUCACACCAAUGCGACAUUUAAGCACUCAACAAUUUUUAGAUUCGAUAUAAAAAGACAACGAUACAAAUUAAUCAAAAAGCAAGCAACAAAAAACGAAACGCAAAGCAAUAUUUAGUCGGGGAUGCGAACCGGUUCAAGUGGGAGCGGUUCACGAGCGAAUGUUAACAAACCGAAACCAGAAAACCAAGGACCAAGUUAAACUCCCCGAGAACUGGUUGUGUAAGCCUCAUAUUAAUCCUUGUAGAAAGCAUCACGAUCACGUUUAUAUAGGUCAUGUCCCCCCAUUAGUUCACCCAAAAUCAUUUAAGGCUAGAAGAGCAUUGCAGAAAUCACAGAGGGCGGUUCGAAUCCGUUAUUUUUGGGCGUUUUUUUCUCUGUCAAUUAGCACUACUACCCAGUGAAGUAGCCCCUACAAUUAUUUAUUUUAGUCGUAAGAAGUGAACAUCUAGUCGCUGUUUAACAGCAAACUCACUUAUUUAAUACUAAAGCCAUUCCCAACAAGCAUUGCAUUCCGUUCAAAGCCCAAUUUAGGAGUACAGUCAGCGAAUAAGACCAAAGAAAUCCGGGAUAUUCCAUCCCCAAGUAUUCGAUCGCAUAGAACGAACCCCUCAAUCGCAGAACAGAAAAUAUCGAGUGUGAUCUAGUCUCAAGCAUUUAACAGUACACUUCGUCCAUGCGUGAAUAAUACUUUUGCACCUUUCGACACUUAACCGACCUAGUACGAUAUUACUUAGCCCUAUAUUAUGUAACUGUAACUCAUAUUCAUUCAUCCAAUCAUUUACUCGUUCAUCUUCAUACUCACACAAAACACACGAGCUCACACAAACACUCAAUCGCUGCACAAAACUGUAUAUAUUAGGCUAUAGCAUACACAUCAGCAUUAUAAUCAUCAACUGAAAUCAGCUUCAGCAACCGAUCUCAAAGAGGAAGAGGGGAAAGAAGUGCAACGAACAUUUUGUAGCCCUAGUCGUAGCCAAGUUUAGAUGACCCAAAACCAAAGUUGUUGGUAUUUCUAAGCGGGUAAUCGGGGAGUAUAGAAGAUAUAUACAUCUAGAAUACGUAUGUAGUUGCGUAAUAUUUACAAAGCAUAUAUUAUAUACAGCUAGGGUUAGUCUUCAGACAUGUACUCUUAAGUUAAACUAGUAAGUAUAAUCACGAAAUUAUUUUUAUACUGUUGUUCGGAGGAGGGAGCGUCGGACGAGAGAGAUGGCAACACUUUUAAGGAAUAAUAUUAAUCGAAUAAUCGAGACGAAAUCGCAAUCGGAAUCGACUAAAUCGGCUAAAGUACCAAAGCAAAUACUCAAAAAAAUAAAAAACCCCUGCAAACCGCAAGACAAAUUACAAUUAUUUCAAUUACAACUACAAUUAAUUAUAUAUAAUAUAUAGCGUUAUCUAGAAUGUAGUCAACUAUUAUUUAUGUAUCGUUUAUAAUUUACGGAAGUGAGAAAUGUAAUGAAUAUUUAUGAAAUUUGCAUUAUGAAAAUGUUGAAUUGAAUUGAAGCCCGGCAAUAAUAUUAAAUUUUAAAAAUUUUGUAUAACAAUUGUAAAGAAGGCGAUGGAAAGUAAAGCAAUAACUUAACUAACAAGUUAAUCGAUUUAUUAGUCUUAAAGAAUACUGUAAGGUUGGAACUACUUACAAUUAGCUAUCGAAGCACACUUGUAUAAACCAAAAACAAAACAAAUAAGUAAACGAGAGAAGCAAUUAUAAAGUUACAAAUAUACAAUACAUAUUAAAUAACCACACAUUUUACAAGCGAAACAAUGUUUUUUAUUUGUAAACCAAUUUGGAGUUUUUAUUAUUUCCACUGGCUUAUGUUGCUGAGUAAUUUUUGAUGAAUAUAAAACGACGAACCCAAAGCAAUUCGAAUAUUGUGAUAGUCCAAAUACACACUAACAAUUUUCAGAACUAUUCAUUAAUUUUGCUCAAAGAAAGAGAGCAAACGAGAAAUCCAAUUGAGCUCCAGAAACUUUUAAUAGAAAUAACGUGUAUCGAAAAGCAAUAAAUCGUAGUGGUAAAGAUAUAAUAAGGGGGUGCAUAUUUUAAAACUUGUAAUAGAAAAUUCACGUGGAAGAAGAAUUAUUACAUAUAACCCCAGGCAUAUAUAUUUGGAAAAGCUUAAGUCCAAAAUUAAAUUUUUCUGUUGUUCCAAUCACGCACAUACACAAAGAACCCAGAUCAUGACGUAUUGUUAAACCAAGGAAAUUGUUAAAGUUGAUACAUUAGUAGCUUAGUAGAACCCACACAUAAAUAAACCCUGUACAGACGCAUAAACGGAACCAGCGCAACGCGAAAUGCAAUUGUUGAAUUCAGUAUUUGUAGCAUUAGGUUCAUGAUCCAUUGUUUCCAUUAUCUGUUGCUGACACCACCCCCUCGGAAAACACCCAUGGCAACACAAUGUUGUGUUGUCCUUUUUGUGUCAAUGCAGUUUAACGAGCGCUCGUUAGGCGAAUGCGAACAAAGGGAAAUGUAAUAAAAAAGCAGGCGAAUAAAAAGGGGGAUAUAGACCACCCCCGCGGAAACUGGUAAAAAAAAAUACAAGGGGGUGUCCUUGCACGCAUUUAAUUCGAAAAAAUUUAAUUUGCAUAGUUUGCGUUGAGCGUGAUUUAUUUAUUUACCAAAUCAAAAUCGCAAAAACACCACCACCUCCACAUGUAUAAAUAAUUGAGCAAAAAAUAUAAAAGACUUGGCACGUUAACACUAAUAAUUCAAGAAUUGAACAUAACUAAUAAAGUCAUGAAAAUUAUAUAAGUAGCUGACAACGAAUAAGCAAGCGAGAACAAAAAAUGAAAGACUUAACACUUUGAAUAUAUAUUAUAAUGGAGAAAAAGCUAUACUUAUUUACAGCUAUUGUAUUGUAUAUGGUAUAAUCAUAGUAAAUCGAAAGCAAAAGCAAUUAACAAAAGAAACAAAAACGCAGAACGAAAGCAAUAGAGCAUUAAGGUAACUAAAAAGUAUUAAAUCGCAUGUAUCUAUGAGUAAAUAUUUGGAAAUCGUUAUAUUAUUGCGAUAAGUACGGUGAAACCCCGAACAUUUAUGGCACUAUACACUAUAUAAAUAUAUAUAGCAGGAUAAAGAAUAUAAACAAUUUAGUUUACACGGGAUUAACAAACCCAAAUGAAAAAAAGCGAAGAGAAAAUCUGCAGAGGCGCAAACAAAAAAAUAAGCAAUAACGUAUAAUUAACGAGCCGUAGGGAUUUUUGGAUUUAGCUGGCAAACGAUGAAUUGAUUAAACGAUUAUAACGAUUAUUAGUUAUCGAUAUACAGAUAUAUUAACAGGUAGAGUUGUUUUUUGCAUAUUGUUAUCGCAACUUUUGUGCUGCUUGACGAGACCAAUUGAUGUACUUUAUACAACGAAAACCAAGAAAUCGAAGGAACUAAUGAGAACUCAUCUUAUGUUUUUGCAUAGGUGCAUAUUGUUGCGAUAGAUAUACAAACCUAUUUUGGUCGAUUAUACAUUACACAAGCCCACACACAACGCGUACAGAAAUAGUUGGAAAAAAAGAGUUACUGCGUAGAGAUUAAAUCAUUUUAACUUGUAUUUAGAGCACUCACACAUACAAACACGACACAGACACACAUACACAACUGUAGAAUUGUAGAAAAGUAGAGUUGCAAAAAAAUAUUAUUAAAAACAAAAGGCGAACAUAAAUUUAAGCUUACGAUUAGAAAACAACACAGCACCUUAGUAAGCAAGCAAAAAAAUAAUGAAUUCUGUACCUAGAAAUACAACAAACACCUACACACACACACAACAGGACACCAACACACACAUGAAAACAUUAAUUAUGUAUUUAUUUGCAUCGAGACAAACUAAUCGAAUAUAUAUACAGCGAUAUAUGCAACUAUAAAUAUAUAUACACAAGGACAAAAAUGCGUUUAUUAUGCAAUAUAUGCGAAACAUUCUACAUUAUUAAUUACGUGCAUUAUGUAUAUGACAUUCAUGUACAUAUAUGGCACCGAAACACACACAUACACAAACAUAAAGGUCCUGGCUUAUGCUAUCAAUCAAGGAAAAUGAAAGGAAAAUCUAACAAGAAAAUCCUGCCAAGCUUGAUUGGAGUCUUAGAUGCCAGGAUCCGCCCUCGAAAGUCAAUUUUACCAAAUGGUCAAUUUCAAUUAUGACUCGAAAUCGUUUCAUGUUUUUCAGUAGUUUUUAUGCUAAGUUGUUGAAAAUUGUGCAGCUAAUAAAACAGACAAAAGAAAGGAAGAAAUCGAUAAAGAAUUUAUGAAUGUCUUCAGUUUGAUUGCGUGGUUUCGACUAGAGUGCAUCAAUAAAAAUAUAUAAAACUUAUAUACGCAUUAAACGAGUAUACUAUAUAUUUUGUACUUAAUCAAUUGAUUUGUAUAAUCCCACAAAGACACAAUAACACACACAAACCACAAUGGCUAAUCAAUGCAUAGUUACUAACGAGAAAAAAACGGAGCCAAGCAUUCUGUAAAACAUCUAACAUAAACGUACAUAAGUAUAUUAUAUUUUCAUAACACAUGACAAAUUUAUACAUGAAAAAACCAAAAUGGAGAAAGACGAGAUGGAGAAAAGUGCGACGAUGCAAAACAACUUGCGUAGUAAAUGAGAAAACAAACAUAGUAAAUAAAAAAAAUAAAAAUCUGACAAAAAAAAGCUACA